CUGUCAGAGCUGGAGAGGGGCUGGGCGGAGCGGCCAUGGAGGGUCAGCAUUGGCUGCCUCUGGAGGCCAAUCCCGAGGUCACCAACCAGUUUCUCAAACAAUUAGGUCUACAUCCUAACUGGCAGUUUGUUGAUGUAUAUGGAAUGGAUCCUGAACUUCUUAGCAUGGUACCAAGACCAGUGUGUGCAGUGUUACUUCUCUUCCCUAUUACAGAAAAGUAUGAAGUAUUCAGAACGGAGGAGGAGGAAAAAAUAAAGUCUCAGGGACAAGAUGUUAUGUCAUCAGUAUAUUUCAUGAAGAGAACAAUCAGCAAUGCCUGCGGAACAACUGGACUCAUCCAUGCUAUUGCCAACAAUAAAGACAAGAUGCACUUUGAAUCUGGAUCAACCUUGAAAAAAUUCCUAGAGGAGUCUGUGUCAAUGAGCCCUGAAGAACGAGCCAGAUACCUAGAGAACUAUGACACUAUCCGAGUCACUCAUGAGACCAGUGCCCAUGAAGGUCAGACUGAGGCACCAAGUAUAGAUGAAAAAGUAGAUCUUCAUUUUAUUGCAUUAGUUCAUGUAGAUGGGCAUCUCUAUGAAUUAGAUGGACAGAAACCAUUUCCAAUUAACCAUGGGGAAACUAGUGAUGAAACUUUAUUAGAGGAUGCCAUAGAAGUUUGCAAGAAGUUUAUGGAACGUGACCCUGACGAAUUGAGGUUCAAUGCAAUUGCUCUAUCUGCAGCAUAGCUUGUCAGUAAUGGAAACACCAAAUACAGUAUUAUUUGCAACAAAAAUUAAGUUUCUGCUGCCAUACACUAACUGAGAAAUUUUGAUA